AUGAAAUUUCGUUUUAUUUUGCAGAAGGAUGAGGUGGAUGCGGCCUCCCUUGAUGCAUCACAUGCUUACAUCGCUGGGAACUGCGGCCUUGCUCCUGUGGUGACGGAAUAUUAUGGGGAGAAAUGUCCAGAGGCCAGUGGGAAAGAUGGAGAGACUCACUUUGAGGCCGAAGUCCUGCCUCCAGUCUAUGCCCUUGCUGUGGUCAAGAAGGCUUCCCGAGGUGAGACCAUCUUUAAUCUGGCGGGACGGCGAAGCUGCCAUGGCCACUUGUACAGCCCAGCAGGCUGGCUUCUCCUGACCAAAUACACCAUCCGGCCUGACCGAAACCGCACUGACGCCUGCGACAUCAAUAAGGCAUUUACAAACUAUUUCCGCAAAGGCUGUAUGCCUGGAAUGAAUUUUAAAGGGAAGCUUUGUAAAGUCUGCAUUGGAAGAGAGCGAGCUGGGAUGAAAUUAUUUAAUCAAAGGUGUGCAGCUAACCAUGAUGAACUUUACUAUGGCAAUUUGGGCGCCUUGCGGUGUUUAGUUGGGAAUCCCAAUGGGAAGAGCUUUGGAGAUGUUGCCUUCCUUGAACACCAUAACUUAAUGGAAAACAUAGAGAGUCUGAGUGAAUGGGCUGACGGUUGGAGUCCUGACCACUUUGAGUUGCUGUGUCCGGGUGGUGAACGUGCUCCAGUCACUGAGUGGGAGAGGUGCAACCUGGGCUCCAUCCCUCCGAACAUCGUGAUGACCAGGUCGGUCAUUGCCACCAAAAUCUACGACUUCCUGAUGAAAUCACAGGAGCAUUUUGGGGUGAGCUCAGACGCGCAGUUUCAGCUUUUCCAGUCCGGUAAAUACGGGGAAAAGAACCUGCUUUUCAAAGACUCCACCCAAUGCUUGGCUCAUGCCACCCACCUUGACUACAUGAGCAUCUUGGGUGAAGAAUUCUCUAAUGUGGCAGGAUCCGUCUUCAGUUGCACAGAAUCAGAAAUCCUUGAAUUCUGCUCACAGAACGCCUGCAGUACUUCACAAGUCUGAAACUCCAACCGACUCUGACACCCUGACGACACGGAGUGAUGCAGAUUGUAACCUUCCCUCUAGAAUUAGCUUCCUCCCUACACACAAUUUAACACAUUGGGAAAACUGCUAAAUCAGCUUCUUCUGUGUCAUUUUUAAAGUAUUUUUUUCAAUCAACCUGUUCAGUUUGGACUUGAACUGAGACCUUCUAGACCGGGGUACGGGCACUACCACUGUACCAGAAGAGCCUUCAGUGCUGUCUGAGGUGCAUGUGUUCAGGCUUGGGCAGUGAUUUUGACAGUGAACAAUAACGAUGGUCCCUGGCAGCUGCCUGAGCAGUUUCAGUGUUCAGUGAGUCUGGCCCUGGAAUUAAACCAAUCCUCAAAACCAAGCUGAUACCCACAUUUUGUCAAGACAGCAGGGCAGGAAUCCACCCAGAAAUGUU